AUCAAUGUAAUAAUUAUGAGAGCAAACGAUUAAAAGGGAAAUUGGCUAAUAUGGUUAAUAUUAUGGAUAGUUAUUGAAUAAAGGAGGGUAUUAAUGUAAAAUACAUUCAUAAAGAACAACAUAUAAGCAUUUGAUAAAAGAUCACUUAAAUAAGAAUUUUAGCACAAUUAAUAAGAAAAUAAUUAGUAGUGACAAGAGCAAAAAAUAGAG